GCCGGCCACGCGAGAGGGGGAGCGGCCAGUUCGCGCGCAGCUGCCGGCGCGGGAGCAGCCCCGGCCUUUGGGAAACUUUCUUGGCAGCCCCGUGGCGAGCACCAAAGCGGGCUGAGCAGGAGCUCGGAGCCUGGCUGGCGAGCCCCGGAGAGCCCGCGUGGGGCGGGCGGAGGAAACAUCCUCCCCUGGACAGGAAGCAAGUGGAGAAGUUGGAUGUUUGCAACAGCUGAUGAGAAGAUUCUCUGAGUCCUAGAGCGUUCAGCAAAAGGGAAAAAGGGAGAAUAAGAUGAUGUUCCUGAGAGGUGGCAGGAAAUAGUAAAGAGAAUUGUGAUUGUCAACAGGAAACCCAAGAUCCUUACCACACAUGACUAUACUAGGCAGAACAUUUCAAACACACAACAUCUGCAGGUCUUUCUGAUCUGGAGAGUAAAGGUUCAUCUACAUGAGGGGUUUCCUGGGAUCGUAUCUCUUGGAGCUCAGUGGACCACAAAUGUGCUUCUGCAUUAUUGUGAACACGCUGAGAAUCUGCAAGGUUUAUCCUAUCUGCUGAAGCUGGCAAACCCUAUACUCCAUCUUUCUAUGUCCUCUGUAGUAGACAGCUAAAUCAGCUGAAGGGAAAAGGGGGCAAGAUAAGCCUCCGGCCAACAGCUGGCAGCUGAGUGCCCUUCAGAACCCAGACAGUUUUGAGGUGCCUUGGUAGCUGUUUGCAGCACUGCAGAUAUGGACACUGAGCUUCUCUGGCACCUUCCUGCACUGGCCUGGUCAACCUCACCAUGCUAGUAUAUGGGAAUGAAAACUUCCUCUCGGAUGUAAUUUACAUCAUCCUGGAACUGGUCAUUGCAGUGCUGGCCAUCUUGGGGAAUGUCCUAGUCUGUUGGGCCGUCUAUCUGAACAGCAACCUGCAAAACGUCACCAACUACUUUGUGGUGUCCCUGGCUGCAGCCGACAUUGCAGUGGGCGUGCUGGCGAUCCCCUUUGCCAUCACCAUCAGCACUGGCUUCUGUGCCUUCUUCUAUGGCUGCCUCUUCAUCGCCUGCUUCGUCCUGGUUUUGACUCAGAGUUCCAUCUUCAGUCUCCUGGCCAUUGCCAUUGACAGAAUCAUUGCUAUCCGGAUACCCCUCAGGUACAAUGGUUUGGUGACCAGCUCGCGAGCCAAAGGUAUCAUUGCCAUCUGCUGGGUCUUAUCCUUCAUCAUCGGCCUGACGCCCAUGCUGGGCUGGAACAAAUGCUCCCAGAGGGAAGCUCAGGACACCAAUAAUUCCUCGCUCAGCAACUGCAGUAAAAGCAUGGUAGCUUGUCUCUUCGAGACAGUGGUCACCAUGGAGUACAUGGUCUACUACAAUUUCUUUGCCUGUGUGUUGGUGCCCCUCCUCCUCAUGUUUGGCAUCUACCUGAAAAUCUUUCUGGCAGCCAGGCGGCAGCUCAAACAGAUGGAGAACAAGAUGGUACAUGGGGAACGCUCACGCUCUACUUUGCAGAAGGAAGUCCAUGCGGCCAAGUCUUUGGCCAUCAUCGUUGGGUUGUUUGCCAUCUGUUGGCUUCCACUCCACAUUAUAAACUGCUUCACACUCUUUUGCCCAGGUUGUGCCCGUCCUCCCCUCUGGCUGAUGUACCUGGCCAUUAUCCUGUCUCAUGCCAACUCUGUAGUGAACCCAUUGAUUUAUGCCUACCGGAUCAGGGAAUUCCGACUCACCUUCCGUAAAAUUCUCAGGCAGCAUAUUGUAGGCAAGAAGCAGUUCAAGACUGGUACUGCCAGUACUAGGACUUCCACUUAUGGUGGGGAUGGAGAAAAUGCCAGCAUUAGGAUCAGUGAGUAUGCUCUGAACAUAUACGCCAAUGGGGAGCUGGGUGCUAUCCACAAAGAUACUGACAUGCAGGACCUGAGUAAAUUCAAGGCAGGUUUGGAAUGGCACCACAAUGGGAAUUCACUAGACAUGGAGAUAAAUGGGCAUCUCCCACAUUCCUGCAAAAAUGGGGACCUUUCAGAUGCAUGUGGGAACAUGGAGCUUCUUACUGAAGAGCUAAUUGGCAUUCGUGUCUCUUACUCUGAACUGGAGAAUUCAACCUUGGCAGCAGCUGACAUUUCCUGAUGACUCUCACAACGUCUUCCCACUGGAAUGAAAUCUGGUGGUUUUUUUUCUUUUUUCUUUUUUUCUACUGGCUGCCUCUGCUAUGGCAGAAAGGGAGGAUGAGGGGAAAAGAGGAGUGAGGCCAGGUCACUAUCAUGUAGGGUGUCCCUACCCAGGACUGAUGGAAAGAUCCAAAGAACUAGACUGGAGAAAGAUUGAGAGGCACUGUUUUGAACAAAGGAAGAGGAGGGACACUAUAGCUAUCAAAGGCCCAAUUUAGAGAGACAGAGAAGAGAGCAAAGGUCAUAUCUGACAUCUGAAUUUUAGCAUUGGGAGACUCUGCUCCAGCAGGGUGUGUUAUGACAUUAUGCUGUACUGUGUAUCUGUGGUUGUUCAUCAGUUUAGUGUCUUUACCAACAGAAAUAAAAGUGUGGCUGAAAUAUUUACUACUUCAUGAGGAGGAAGAGGGGGCAGGGCUUUUAACACUGUGGCCUCUAACAGAAGUAGAGGGUAUAGCAGUGCCUACUGGUCAGGAAAGAUGCUAUGCUGCCUGAAGAGUGAAGGAAUUCACCUGGUGGGAACUUUCAGCAUCUUCAAAUGUGAGAUUCUGUUUUAAAAUCAGUUUUUGAAGUUUACUAGUGCAACAGGUUUCCUGAUUUUCCACUCACUGCUAGAUCAGUUAUGAAUUAUAUUACAGUGAGCUGGAAUAUGGACAGAAGGUUUUACCUCCCCUAUGUUCCAUGGAGAUGGGCCGCUGGGAAGUUACUUGUGUGUAAGGUGCUAUUAUGUUGUCAGUUAUGAAUGUA